AUGAAAAGAAUAAAAGAAAAGAUCAAUCUCGCUGUUAGGAAGCCGCUGCGGAGGAAAGCGAGGUUCUCCAGCACCAAGAAAAACAGCCUGGUUCAAACCAUGCUGCUGCACCCCGUCAUGCUGUUUGGGGCUUUCUGUUGCUGCUUUUUUUUCCUUGAUAGAUUCAAAUCGUCCUCAGUAAAAGAAUGCAUCCAUGCGAUACUGAAGGAGAAGCUGGCCAAUGUACAGUACAACCCAGAGGAAAUGCCUGAGCUUACAAAGUCCUUAUCAGAGACAAUAAAAGACAGACUGAAAGAGGAGGGAUAUGACAGGUACAAAAUGGUGGUGCAGGUUGUGAUUGGAGAACAGAGAGGAGAAGGAGUGAACAUGGCCGCGCGAUGUUUCUGGGACGCCGACACUGACAGCUGUGCUCACGACGUGUUCAUGAAUGACAGCUUGUUUUGUGUGGUAGCUGCAUUUGGCUGCUUCUACUAUUGAAGGUGGCAAACAUUGCACAGAGGGACAGAGUUGGAGGAGGAAGCUUUGCUUUGGGGUAUUUUUUGUUAAAGUGCACUAAAGCAUCAUGUUCUUCCUGUAGUACCUAAGAAAAUAACAGCUAUACAAAGCACGUCCUACACCUGGUCUACACACUACAACAUUCCUUCUUCCUUGUGGAUAUCAAUAGAGCUUUAAGCACAAUAUUAUUAUGUCCUUUAUUUAAAUGGCCCUUUGUUUUUUAUGUAGUAUGUUGGUUUUGUCCUAAAAGUGUAUUGUUUCUAAGACAAACUAAACUUGUGUCUUGAAAGGGUUCUGUUACUUCCAUUUUUAUGAAAUUAAUUAAAUAUUUAUAAGAAAAGA